AAUCGUCUUGUUGCAACUACAUGCCGUACUGUUUCUAAUUCUUUUGAAAGAUUACAAUUUCACUACAACAACGAUUUAAUUCAAUUUGCAACAAAAAGGUAACUGAAAAGUGAUUCACAAUGACACAAAUGGCACAGGAAGAGAUCGUCUCGAAUACAAAAACUGUAAUGCAGGGCCUCGAAGCCCUGCGUGUGGAGCAUAUGACGCUAAUGAAUAACCUUGCUGAGGGCAGCAAAACUGAUCCAGAUAAAAUGGAAAUCGUGAAGAAGAACAUGGAAAACAUUGAGCUGGGUCUAAGCGAAGCACAGGUUAUCGUGAUGUUGUUUGCCCAUCUACAAAAUAUUGAAGCAGAAAAGCAAAAGCUACGUACCCAGGUGAAACGGUUGUGUCAGGAAAAUGUUUGGUUGCGUGACGAGCUGGCCAUCACGCAGCAAAAACUUCAGGCCUCCGAGCAGAGCGUUGCGCAGUUAGAGGAGGAAAAAAAACAUUUGGAAUUUAUGGCCACAGUGAAAAAGUACGAUGACAUACAUGAGACCGAAGACAAUUUGGAAAAAUCUCGAACCGAUCCAGUAGUAGAGCUGUUCCCGGAAGACGAAACAGAAGAAAGAAACAACAUGUCACCAACGCCACCAAAUCAAUUUGCAAAUCAUGCGAAUGCAGGAUAUGAAAUUCCGGCUCGUUUGCGAACACUACACAAUCUGGUCAUACAAUACGCAUCGCAAGGGCGCUACGAAGUAGCCGUACCAUUGUGCAAACAGGCGUUAGAGGAUCUGGAGAAAACCAGUGGACACGAUCAUCCUGAUGUGGCCACAAUGUUAAACAUAUUGGCAUUGGUGUACCGAGAUCAGAACAAAUAUAAAGAAGCCGCUAAUCUUCUUAACGAUGCUCUGACAAUACGUGAGAAAACUCUAGGAGAAAAUCACCCGGCUGUCGCUGCUACAUUAAACAAUUUGGCCGUGUUGUACGGCAAACGAGGAAAGUAUAAGGAUGCUGAGCCGCUAUGUAAGCGGGCUCUAGAAAUACGAGAAAAUGUUCUCGGCAAAUCCCAUCCGGAUGUGGCGAAACAGCUGAACAACUUGGCGCUUCUUUGCCAAAAUCAGGCUAAAUACGAAGAAGUCGAAAUGUACUACAAACGAGCGUUAGAAAUUUACGAAAUGAAGCUUGGCGGAGACGAUCCAAAUGUUGCUAAGACACUCAACAACCUUGCCAGUUGCUACUUAAAGCAAGGUAAAUACAAGGAAGCGGAGAUGCUGUACAAGGAGGUGCUGACGAGAGCACAUGAGCGAGAAUUUGGUGCAAUAAACGGUGAAAAUAAGCCAAUCUGGCAGGUUGCUGAAGAGCGAGAGGAAAAUAAGCUUAAGAAUCAAGAAAAUACACCGUAUGGUGAAUACGGAGGUUGGCACAAAGCUGCCAAAGUUGAUUCCCCAACUGUGACGACUACUUUGAAAAAUCUUGGCGCACUGUAUAGACGGCAGGGCAAGUACGAGGCCGCGGAUACAUUGGAAGAUUGUGCCCUACGAAGCAAGAAAGAGGCAUUGGAUUUGGUGAAACAAUCGAAAGUGCUUGGUGUGGCCGACGAUAACAAAAGGCAGAAGAGCGGCAACAGCAAAGAUGAGAAUGAUGAACACAACAAACGUGUGCACAAAUAAUCGUAGUUUCGCUGACGUCCGUAUAUUUUAAAAUGCUAUAUUACGAAAAGGAAAAUUAAAAGUCAUAUGAAACACGAUGGGUGAAACCAGGGAACACGGUUGUUAGCAGUGUGCUAAAGAAAGUGCAGUGACUUUGGAUUUGUAUAGAUCGAUAAACCUCGUGCUGUCGUUUACAAUGUCGCUUGUUCACGUUUCUUGUUUCAUAUUCAAUGUUUCAAUCCAUUCCUUUUUUGAAACAAUUUUUUUCUCUUGUGCGCUUAUUCUUUUUCACGAUAGCUCUGAUAUUUAUUUUUACUGCAUAUUUUUUCUAAGUUUGUAUUUUAAUAUUAUGAACCUAUUCGAGCAGAUCAAUUUGAUUUGAUUUGAUUGUUUUGUUUUAACUUUUCCACAAUUAUGCUGGGCAAGACAAUGAAACUGGCUUAGAACGAUACUUUUGGCGCUUAGUACAAUUAAAUGUGCUCGAUAUAGCUUCUUAUUAUCAUUUGAACAUCGUUUUUGUUGUCUUCUACUGCGAAAUAGAACUGUUCAUGUUGUCGCAUCAAAUGCAUCCUAGUGCUCGUGAGCUUUUAGUUUUUCGACAUGGACAAAAUCGUUGAUGCAAAGCUCUAAUGCUAACGAAAGAAAAAUAUGUAAUAGCGCGAAUGGUUGAAAACAAAAAAGCCGCGAGUAAACAAAGAUAGGAUCUGAUUGGAAAACAGGAUAAUUUUUGUGGCAACUGUUUUAUUUGUCAAACUGUAGCGCGCGGUGAAAUGGAUAAAAUAAUUCUACGCUUUUGAUAAUAAAACAAAAAUGCAUACCAUUUAUUUAAUCAUUUCCAAAGUAAUAUGUAAGAAACACACACAUGUGCGUUGAAGCUUUCGAUAUGAUAUACAUUAUUUGCUUGCGUUUUUCGUCUACACGAAGUUCCAAUCAAUAACUGC